AUGUCAACCAUGGUCACACCUAUCACCAGGCCGUCACUACUUCUAGUCCUGCUUGUGGUUGCAACACUCACCGAAAUUUCAUCGGCGUGGAGCAUAUGGCCGUACAAACACAUCCACGUCAUCAACGGUUUAACCAAGAGUGUCUUGCACGUCCAUUGUCGAUCUGAAAAUGACGACAGGGGGUAUAAUGAUGUGGCUGUUGGGGCGGAAUUCACAUGGAGGUUCAAACCACAUGUAUUCUGGACCACCAAGUGGACAUGUGAGGUGUCCACAGACGAUCAGCGCCGUGCUAUCUUCGAUGCGUACAAGGAGGACGCAGACGAACAGAGCAGGGAGCAUAAGAACAAUACAUAUUGGGUUGUAAAAGAGGAUGGAGUUUACCUACGACAUAUCGAAGAUAAUAAAGAUCAAUACUCGACAAACUGGCAAUAA